CACUAUGGUGCAUUAGCGGCACAGAUUACCUCAACCAGCAUAGUCAGGAGAUCUCCAUAGUCAGUGUCACUCCUCAGUCCUCCGGCGUCUCUCGUGCACCCUAGGCCAUGGCGGCGGCGGCGGCUACGCUUCCUGUAGCCAAGAAGAGACCGAAUCUGGAGGAAAUCGAUCUGAUUAGCUCUCUCCCCGGUGAGAUCCUCAGCAUAAUCAUAUCUCUCCUCCCCAUCGACGACGCCGUGCGCACCACAUCCCUCUCCCGCCGCUGGCGUCCACUAUGGCGCUCCUCCCCGCUCAACCUCGACAUCCUCCACAUCGACGGAUGCGGCCGCGACCGCGUCGCCGCCGUGUCCAAGAUCUUCUCCGACCACCCCGGCCCCGCUCGCCGCUUCUUAACCAACUGCGUCCAAAUCCCCGACCCCGACGGCUGGCUGAGGUCGCCGGCUCUCCGAAAUCUCCAGGAGAUCGACUUCUGUCUCUCUCAUUGGGACGCUCCGAUGCCGCUGUCCAUCCUCCGCUUCGCGCCGACCCUACGCGUGGCGACGUUCGGCAGUUGCAGGUUCUUUGAGGAGGACGCGCCGCCGUCGUUUAACUUCCCUUGCCUUGAGAAGCUCACCAUGACAUUCCUUUCCGUCCGGGAAGACACCCUCGACGUCCUGCUCGCUGGCUGCCCUGUCCUCGAGAGCUUGAUGCUGGAAAGCUGCGGGGGCUUCUGCCACCUGCUCAUCAAUUCAGCAACUCUUCGGAGAAUCGGCAUCCGUGACCCUCCGAAGCCCUAUCAACUAGUCAUAGAAAAUGCCCCCAGACUAGAAAGAUUGAUCAGAGUUCAUCUUCAUCCAGAGUCAACCAUCCGGCUAAUCAAGGCACCCAAACUUGAGAUCUUAGGCUCCAUGACAGACGACUUCGCUAAGCUCAAGCUUGGAUCUACAAUUUCCCAGGGAAUGGCUGCUGCCAACUUGACAGCACUGACGCGCAGCGUCAAGGUUUUGCAUCUCGCGUCUAGGGGCCCUAAUCUUGAUGCAGCUAUACUCUUCAUCAAACAAUUUCCUUGCUUGGAGAAGCUCUGCAUCACAUCAUGUCCAGGAAAUGAUAUGGAGAAUGUGCAUCAUCUUAAUCCACAAGAUCCUAUUGAAUGCCUCAAUCAUCUCAGAGAAGUAGAGUUAAAUUUUUAUGUCGGCACCAGAUCAGAUGUUAACUUUGCUAAGUUCUUUCUCCUGAAUGGUAAAGUUCUCAAGUUAAUGAGAUUUGGUGUCAAGGACCAAUGUACUGAGGAAUGGAUAGCUGACCAACACAGUCAGCUGCAGGUUGACAGUAGGCCUUCUCCAAAUGCUCAACUUGAAUUUGAAGCAGCUCAUGAUCCUGAUUAUUUUGUUCUCGACUGAUCCCUCCAGUUGACCUUGUGAAAAUUAUGGACAAGGUUGACUAGAUUAUUGUCCCCCCUCAGCUUUUGUGGCAUGUCUUGUCACUGCAAAACUGGAAACUCUGCACUUUGGACCUGUGUGUAACGCUUUAGAGAUUUCCAUGCUACCGUCAUGUUAUCGAGAUGCGUCAUGUGUUUGGCAUACUAAACUAUGAUUGAUCGCAGCCUAGUUGUUCACUUUGAUUCAGCAAUUAAUGUAUGGCUUUUAAAUCUUGAUUUGUUUGGAGGAGCAGAAUAUUAGAUUCUUCCAAAUAGAUUUAACAUCUGACUUGAUGAAGCGCCGCUCUCUUGCAUAGUAUUUUUUCGUUGUGAGAAGCAUAGCCUAUGAUUUCAGUACUGUAACAAGGUGGAGUAAAUGCUAACAUAGUUAUCACAAUUGGUGGAUUUUUUUUUUUAAAUCCCUGUUUGCUCCUUAGUGAUUUGGGAUAUCAAAUCUACUACGGAGUACUUGAUUGUUCUAGUACUUGGCCCAUGAUGCUCAAAGGGAAGGCCUCAUGGGAUGUAUACGUUUGUUGAUAUAUCCCAUUCCCAAUUACACCAGCUUACUAGCCUGAGAAAUAUGCUUUGUACAUCAAAUUGUGUGGGCAUGCUUGUAUA